CUGUUAAAGUGCAUAAGAUGUGUAACGAGUUGUACUCGUAGUGAAUGCUGUCAGCUGAACCAAAUUGCUGUUAGGUGUUUAGCAUGCGAUAAGGAUAUAUUGUGUUCUGCGAAUCUUUAGGAAGAACUUGUAAUGCUCAUCUAAUUUCUGAAAAGGAGUUUGCAGCUCGACGGCAUCCAAUAAUGCCUUCAGCUCAUUUGACUCUAAAAGAAGAAGAAGUGAUAAAACUUUUAUUGGAAUUCUUGUCCAAUCGAGAACUAAGCAUAUCCCAAUUGUCUGUUGAAAGGGAAACUGGAGUCAUCAAUGGAACAUUCUCUGAUGAUAUUUUAUUUCUCCGGCAACUCAUCCUAGAUGGCCAGUGGGAUGAUGUUCUGGAAUUCGUGCAACCGCUGGAAGGAAUUGAGAGUUUCGAUUCUAAGCAGUUCCACUACAUUGUGAUUAAACACAAGUAUAUAGAACUGCUAUGCAUACGUUCAGAAACUGGUAUAUUCCAGAAUGUAGAUGUUGCAGUCGAAGAGGUGGUGAAGAGUCUAGCCGAUCUCGAGAAAUACUGCCCUUCGAAGGAAGACUAUAAUAAUCUGUGUCUGUUGGUGACUUUGCCUAGGCUAUCUGAUCAUUUCGAUUAUCGUAACUGGAACCCAAGCAAUGCGAGGGUCAACUGCUUCAAAGCUGUUUUCCCUCUAGUAGAGAAGUUUUUACCUUUGGAUAAAAAAGGUGUCGAAUCUCAGACAGCUAAAGGUGAUAGGUUAAUUCAACUAAUUAUAAAAGGGGUUUUAUACGAAUCUUGUGUGGAAUACUGUCAACAAAGAGCUACGUCGUCAUCUUCUGAAAUGCAAGAAAUGGGUUUUUCUCACAUACUUAAUGGUACCGGUUUCAGUGACUCUGAUCUGAGCUUGCUGUCAUGGCUUCAGUGCAUUCCACCAGAAACAUUUUCGUAUCCUUUUGAACAAAAGACACUGAGUGUAGAUGUUGAGCAAUUAGAUAAACCUUCUCUUGAAGCUUCAUGGUCAGAACAAAUACUAGUCACUCCCAUCAAACCAAAAAUAUUUCCUCACUCAGCUAUGCCCUUCACCCGACUCCGGACAUCUGAUUUCAUGUCGAAAUCCCUAACACCCAAUCUCGAUGCUCUUGGCCAUGGACGAAAUUCGAUGGCUUUUUCUGUUGGAGAUCUUUCCAAUAUGUCGCGUUCAUAUGCCGGCUUUCAUCUCACGGGCAAGAAAGCCAUGAACACUUCAGUGGAUCGCCUUUUCGAAGGUGGUGACGUCUUCAGCACAAGUUGUGCUGAUCUCCAAUCCGUUCUGGAUUCAACUCAUUUAUCGUCAAAAAAUAAAUUUACAGUUCCCCCCAAAAUAAUGGAACAUGUUAGUCCCAAAGCGGACGAUAAUACUGUCAACAAAAAACAUUUGCCCGAUUCCACAACUUUAGAAGAAGAUUCUUUAAAACCGGCUGUCUUGAAUGAUUCAACCAACAUACCAAAAGACUUGCCUGGAAAAUCUGUGUAUUUAUCAGAUGGUCAUAGUGUUUCAGAUUUAUGGAAAGAAUUUCAGCGGAAGCAGCUAAUAUCAAAAAAUGCACAGAAUGACACAUCGUAUAUCGAACCAUCAAUCAUUGCUCCGGACUAUCCGAUUUCAUCUACACCUGCAGCAAAGUUGCCCCCAGCUAACGCUUCACCUUUACCCAGCCCUCUUCCCAAUCAAGCUAAAGUCCAUAAUGUUGACAAGUUUCCCACCAGUACGCCUAAGCCUCCAGUGAAUCGAAAUAUGAAUCAUGGUUCACCCAUCUUGUCAAGGAAUGAUGACAGUUCUCUGGAUGGGUCUUCGCUGAGGUCAGUACCUUCAUUAGCCAGGAAUAUGAGCCCGGCAAUGAAUAAUACUUGUGAACUGGUGCAAGCGACGAAUGUCAAUGCUUCAUAUGAAAUGGCACCGAGUGCAUUGCAUGGAAGUUCACAGAAAAGCAGUCCUGGAGGCUCUAUUGGUAGAGGUUCUAGUUAUUCGCCUAUACAGAGAACAGCAUCACCAAUGGAACCUGACAAUACUCAGUAUCGUCAUUCGCCUGUGCCUUCGAUGCAGAUGCCACCUUCAGCAAAACAAAAUACUUUGCUGACAGUGAGAGGAAGCUCUGAGAAUUGUGACAAGAAACCACGUUUCAUAACAGUAACACGGCUUGAAGAUGCUCAAGCGAUACGUGCAGCAGAGUUUCAUCCAUCUGGACAAUUGUAUGCCAUUGGCUCGAACUCUAAAACCUUGCGGAUUUGUGCUUAUCCUAAAAUUACAGAGCUUAGAGAAGACCAUGUUGCCCAUCAACCUACAGUUUUAUACAAAAAAGUCAAGCAUCACAAAGGCUCCAUCUACUGUUUAGCUUGGAACCCAACAGGAGAACUUCUUGCUACUGGAUCUAAUGAUAAAACAGUGAAGCUGAUGAAAUUCAACAUUGAAACAUGCAAUGUGGAUUCCAGUGAAGCAGAAUUAACAAUGCAUGAUGGGACUGUCCGAGAUAUGUGUUUUAUUGAAGACACUUCAAACAGAGCAAGUUUAUUAAUUAGUGGUGGUGCAGGAGAUUGUAAAAUUUAUGUAACAGAUUGUGAAACUGCUACUCCCUUUCAAGCCCUUUCUGGACAUUCAGGUCAUAUUCUUUCUUUGUAUACAUGGGGUGGUGCAAUGUUUGUAAGUGGGUCUCAGGAUCGAACAAUCAGAUUUUGGGACUUAAGAACAAAAGGAUGUGUCCAUUUAGUCACACCUCCUCCUUUAUCUGGCUCAGGACCAGGUAGUCCUGUUGCUACUAUUUGUGUCGAUCCAUCUGGAAGGUUACUUGUAUCAGGUCAAGAAGAUGCCACAUGCAUGCUUUAUGACAUAAGAGGUGGAAGGCAUAUUCAGUAUUUUAAACCUCAUACAUCAGACAUACGGACAACAAGGUUUUCUCCUAAAGCAUAUUAUCUGCUCACAGGUUCAUAUGAUCACAAAGUGGUGCUUACAGAUUUACAAGGUGAUUUAACACAACCAUUACCCAUGAUUGUAGUUGCAGAGCAUAGCGAUAAAGUAAUCCAAGGUAGAUGGCACCCUCGAGAAUUUGCAUUUCUCACAACUAGUGCUGACAAGACUGCUACACUAUGGGCUCUUCCUCUUCAUUAAGUUUUGUUUUAAUUUGUUUUUAAGAGUUUCAUGCUAUUCUGAAAAUAGUUAUUUACAUGUUUGAUUGCAAGUAAAUGUACUUAAAGUACUCAUUAUUGUAAGAACCUUUUUUAAAAUGUAUAUGUUGCAAUGAAAAUAUUUCUCUGGCAUUUUAGAUCCAGAAAUUGAUUGAUAAUUAACUUCUUUCUUGAGAAUUCUCAUUUCUGAAUCUUAGCAAUGCUUGAUUAAGUUCACUCUGACAGUUCAUCAAAUUGUGAAAUAUAAUUGUCAAGUCAGCAUUUAAAAGUUUGCUAAAGUCUUAUACAGUUGUAUGGAAUAUACUCUUCUCUGUAACAUAAUCAAUGACUACACAAUUGUGCAGUGAAACUCUUCAUGUUUUAAAAUAAUUUUAUAUUUUACAUUUAAAUUUUUUAAACAACAUAGUUACCAACUAUCCCUCACUCCCAGUUUUUAAUUUUUAGUCUUUAAUAAGGAAAGUAUUUUUUUAGCUACAAAUAAAAUUUACUGAAUUAAUGAAACUUAUGAAUAUGUAGUUGAAUAUGUAGUUAAAUAUUAAUAUAUAUUUUAUCAGGAUCAUAUUUUAAUUAUAGCACAAAAACCUACUGGAAACUCCUGGUUUUACCUAUUUCAAGGUUGGCAGCUCUGAAAUAAUAUGCUAAAUUCAAAAAAAUAAAUAAAUAAAUAAAAUAAAACACCCUCCCUCAUAAAGAAAAUGUUAUAAUAUUUAGAAUCUUAAUUACAAAGAGUUCCAUAAAACCCAAAUCAUAUAAAGUGAAUUUAAGUCAGCUUGGAAUUCCCAUGAAAUGGGAGUUACCAUAUAGCAUGAAAAACCUCCCAGUUAUCUCACAAAAAUCCCUAGUUUUUCAGAUUUCAAGGUUGGCAACUAUGGUGGCAGGCAACUUGCUGAGCUGAUAAUCCUCUUCCAUUAUCCCAAUCAAUCAUUCUUCCCUUCUUGAAUUCUGAGAGCUGAUCUUAUUGUCUUUAAUGGUGGUGUAACAAUGUCCGUAAUGAAAAAAUAUCCUUCUGCAACAAAUUAAAUGCAGACAAGAUUCCUCUAUAUACCUUUUUUAUGCACGAGGGAGAAUGAAUUUCAGUGCCCUCUGGUUGCAGUAUGUGCAUUUCUAAUCAAAUGAUAUCUGCUUGACACAUAUCUUCAUGCCAAAAUUUCUUUAUGGUACAAUAAUUUCUUUUUGGAGGCAAAUUUUUAUGGUAAUGUAAAUAUUUUCAAAGUUGAAUGGAUUUCUUUUAUAUAUAUUAUAUAUUUUUAUAAAUGGUCAAGAAAUAAAUAUGUCAAAGAAAGAAUUGUGUGAUCUUUCAGUAGUCUGUACAUUUAAAACCAGGUAAUUUAAUGAAUUUAGUUUUCUUGGCAGCUAUUUUUUUCCCUUGGGGGAGGGGGGGCUUGCACCAUGAGUGAAAUUUUCUAAAUUAUAAUAUGAAUUUAUUUCAAGUGAUCAUUUCCACUGCAUACGACUGAAUGAAAUAAUUAACAUUUACUAGAUAAUUUUGCUUCUUGAAGAAGAGUCUCAUGUCACAGGCAUUUUUGUGAACAUAUUUGAAAACAUUAAUAAAUUAAUCACAAAUCAUAAAGAUGCUUUAUCAUAAUGUUACGAAAUUUCUAGCAUAUGUGAUUAUGUGUGAAUGUUUUAAUCGUAUGAAAUCUUAGUAAUAGCAUUUAAAAUGUAUUGAAAAAUAAUCCAGCAUCAGUUGUAUGUUAAAACAAUAGAUAUUGAUGCAAAUGGAUGAUAAAUCCAAAAAGCAUAUUCUCACAUGCAGGUUCCAUUUUUGGCAUUACAUGAUCAUUUUAUUUUUUUGCCUGAUUACUUUAAAGGACAAUAAGUAAAGUUACUAAUUUUGUGAAUGAUUUUUUUUCCCUUACUUCUGUGAUGAUUGAAUUGCAAGCAUGUUGGUAAUUAGAAUAAAACAUUUUGUUUAUUUGCCUAUAAAAUGUCAUUAUUAUUAGUUUAUCUAUAUGGAAAAUUUAGCUCUUAGAAUGGAGUGUUUAAUUUUGAUGAAGCAUAUUUGAUCUACCUACAUAAAGAGUUGGUUAAUUGAUUAAAACAAAGCACAUGAAGGUUAUAUGCUUAAAGAGAGAAAUUUCUCAGUGGAGCACUUUCUAAGGGAAAGUAGUCCACAUUUACAUUACCAUAUGAAGGAAAAAAAACGAUGAAAACCCCAUACAGCCAGCCUGUUAGCAUUUGUGCUAAGCAAAAGGAAGGUUGCCUUUGUACAUAAUUUUCAAAUGAAAAUUCUUUAAAAAUUUUAGCCUUUUUUAUAAUAUGAAUGGGAAAACACCAAACUCCCAUAUAGCCAGUCUCUUUCAAUCACUUGGAAAUGCAAAACUUUAGAUUUAUGGUUUUAAAAAUAGCUGCUGCUUGGCUGUACACAAGAAAUUGUCCAAAGGAAAUCUUUUCGUAAUUUGAAUUGCAUUUUAAAAGCACGCUUCUGCAUAAUUAUCAAGUAUUUUGAUAAUGCUAAGAAAUUUGUCAGUAUCUGAUCCAUUUAAUAGUCAGCUUAUUUUGGGCUGUUCUUAGAAGGGCAUCUUCCCUUAAAGGUUAUAAAAGUUACCAUUGUUGACGAUUUCAUAAGAAAACAGUAAUGUAUUUGCAUUACUUGUGGAAAAAAAAAAAAAAAAAAUAUUGUUCAUCUAAUAUCUUGAACGGUUAGUGCUAUUCAACAAAUAAUAAAUGACUCAAAUUUUAAUACUAGAACUACUAAUCCUUCAAAAUGACUUUCCUGCCUUGGGAAAAAUAAGCAGACAUUAACAUUUAGUAGUUCUAGUGUUAAAAUAAGUUUAGAGGUAUGGAAAAUAGUACAACUUAGUGUAAUCAGUUAGCUUGUUUUAAAAAGGGGGCCAGCAUCAUAUGUUACAUAGUAGCUGUCACAAACAGAGGCUUGCUUUAAGCUAUUUUAAUAUUUAUUUAGAAGUUUUAAUUUAAGAUAUGCUUUCAUUGCUGCUUAUGUUUAAGGAGAAUUCUCAAGAAAUUUUGCAUUGUUGAUUCAAAAAAUGAAAGACAAAUAAUGCUUUUGCUCAAUGUAUUGUAAUUAUUUCUGAUAUGUAUGUUUACAGUAAAUGUGACAUACUUUUUAAGGUAUUUAUGUCAGCUUUGAAUGAAGUAUUGUUAAAUUUAAAUAUUUUAAAAUAUUUUUAAUUGAACAUGACAUAUAUUCUGUAAAAGCAAUUACAUAUAUUUAAAUUUUUUAUGAAGUGGAUUUGUAAAUACUGUCAAAUUUUGCAUGAGGGCCAAUUUCUUUUCAAUACAAUGUUUAUUAAAAAUAUGUAUAAAAUGGGCUAUUCUCUAAAAAGCAACAGAAUUUAUGUACCCAUUACAGCUCAAAUGAGUAGAUUUAUAUGCUGCAUUGUAUUGUACCAAUUUUUAAGUAUUUUGUAUUAAUAUAUUUUCCCUUUUAUGUUUAAAAAAAAUAAAAUAUAUUAUGAAGUUUA